AGACCCUCGGGUCCGAGGGCCAAAUCCACCGCUGGUAUAAGCGCACGAAGCCCCUGACACACCUUUGGCUUCAUCGAGGAAAAUUCGUUUGUCACCUCCUCGUUUACUUCCGGUGACGAUCGAAGGACGUUGCGUGCACCAAGACAUCCGAGAGAUGACGCAGCGGUAGGAAGGAGAAGCAAGUUAUAUGUGGCUCGGCAGAUCAAUUCGGCAACUCCUCCGACAAUGGGCGCGGCCGGGUUCUCGUCGUCCUCUUUCUUCCUGUUAUUCUUCUUGUUAGAUCUUUUCUUCUUGCUGGGUGGCUUCACCAAUGCAUCCUUACUGGAAUCCGUGAUCGUUCGGCAGCAAGGCCUCCGCGCCAACUCUUACUUGACUCGCGACGAGCUUUGGUUCGACCAAACCCUCGACCACUUUUCUCCCUCGGACCACCGCAAAUUCCAGCAGCGUUAUUAUGAGUACCUUGAUCACUUCCGUUCUCCAGAUGGUCCUAUAUUCUUACACAUCUGUGGCGAAUCUGCGUGCAAUGGCAUUGUCAAUGACUAUAUGAGUGUCCUGGCAAAGAAGUUUGGUGCUGCUUUGGUUACUCUUGAGCACAGAUAUUAUGGAAAGAGUAGUCCAUUCGAGACACUCUCCACAAAUAAUUUGAGAUACCUUUCUUCAAAGCAGGCUCUUUUUGAUUUGGCUGUCUUCCGUCAAUAUUAUCAGGAAUCUGUGAACCUAAAGUACAAUAAACAAGCUGGAGACAACCCUUGGUUUUUCUUUGGUGUGUCUUACUCUGGAGCAUUGAGUGCCUGGUUCAGGCUGAAGUUUCCACACUUAACAUGCGGAAGCCUUGCUAGCUCUGGGGUUAUACUUGCAGUAUAUAACUUCUCUGAUUUUGACAAGCAGAUUGGUGAGUCAGCUGGUGCAGAAUGCAAACUUGCGCUUCAAGAAAUUACACAUCUUGUUGAACAACAGUUAGUGACCAAUGAAAGUGCAAUUAAACAUAUGUUUGGUGCAUCUGAGCUGAGAAACAAUGGUGAUUUUCUGUACUUUCUGGCUGAUGCUGCUGUUAUAGCGUUUCAGUACGGAAAUCCUGACAGACUAUGUUCUCCACUCUUAGAUGCAAAGAAACAAGGCAAAGAUGUGGUGGAAGCUUAUGCAGCCUAUGUAGUGGAUUAUUAUAUGCAUACGUUUGGUGCCAAGCCUCAAACGUAUGAUCAAGAACAUCUAAAGAAAAUUACCAUUUCAGAACAUAGUGGUGAUCGCCUAUGGUGGUACCAAGUGUGUACAGAAGUUGCUUAUUUCCAAGUAGCACCCUUAAAUGACAGUAUUCGGUCAUCACAGGUUAAUGCUAGGUACCAUUUGGACCUCUGCAAGAACGUCUUUGGGGAGAACAUAUAUCCUGAAGUGGAUGUGACCAAUAUAUAUUAUGGGGGUACAAAUAUUGCUGCUUCCAAGAUCAUAUUCACAAACGGCUCACAAGAUCCUUGGCGCCAUGCAUCUAAACAAACAUCAACUCCUGAAUUGCCUUCCUACAUCAUCACUUGUCAUAAUUGUGGCCAUGGAAGUGAUCUGAGAGGAUGUCCCCAGUCACCUCUAAAUAUUGAAGGCGAUGAACAAAAUUGUACGUCUCCUGAAGCGGUUCAUAAAGUGAGGCAGCAGAUUAUUGAACACAUAGACCUAUGGCUCUCGGAAUGUCAUGAUUCUGAUAGGAGUGCUAUUUAGAUGUUCUUCAGAGAAGGGAAUAAUAGCUUGUAUAUUUUAAUUUGCUAUAUUCUGAUUGUGGCUCGUAAAUCUGACGGAUGCUUAGCUCUGUAUUACGCGUUGUAUCCCGAAUGCAGCAUAGCUAUGACGGCCUGCUGCCAAAGGUGAUACCUACAGGAAUAAUUGACAUAUAUUUUCAGGUGUAAUCAAGUUGCAUUAAUUUACUUCAAUAAUGCGGCCGUUAAGACA